UCUAUUUCUCAUGUUUAACGGUUAUCAAUUACACUCUUCCAUUCUUUUGAAAUUUAAUGCCCUCCAUAUGCUGUAAUUUUUGAAAUUUAUGACUCGUUGAUAAUAUCAAACCAAAUUCCUUGAGAAGCUUAUCAAAACUGCAGUGGUCCAAGGGCAGUUUCUGUUGUGAACUCUUGUUCUGACAAACUAGGAGCGAUGGUAGCUGCGACAGCUGUGGUUCCAGAUGAGAUAGAAAAUAUCAAGGAGAUUUUGCAGAGAUGGAGUGAUGUAGAUAAAAUGGAUUUGGUUUUAACCCUUGGUGGUACUGGCUUCACCCCGAGGGAUGUUACACCUGAAGCAACAAAAGGUGUAAUAGAAAAGGAAACCCCUGGACUUCUACAUGUCAUGAUGCAAGCGAGCCUCAAGGUUACACAAUUUGCAAUGCUUUCGCGUGCGGCAGCGGGGAUACGUGGAUCAACAUUGGUAAGGGCUUCUUAUUCAACGUGUUUAUUCUAAAUGUUGUCAGCAUUAAGACCUUCUAAUGUAUUCUUUCUAAAGUGUGCCACACGAGCGUUUUAUGUGGUUGAUUACUUGAAAAACAUAUGGGUAAAAUGCAAUGCAGUUUGCCUUGGUUUCUAUUUAGUGAGCAAAUAAUUUUUUAUUCUCAAUAAUGUAAUAAAGUUUCAAAAUUUCCUACUUAAUGUAAGUUUAUUUUUCUAUUCUUUACAUAUUUUGACCGGUAGCAUGCUGAUCUUGUAACAUUUGAUGACCUGGAUGUCAAGUUUGUCGUAAACAUUUCGUAAAUAGGUAUCAACAUCAUCAAAUGUUACAAGAUCAAUUGUUUCCAGGUCAAAAUGGGUACACGAUGGGAAAUUUGAAACUUUGUUGCAUCCAUUGAGAAAGAAAAGCUAAACUUUGUGGCAUUGUGAUGCAUUUUGCCCACUAGACACAGGAAUGCAAUCACUUCUAUUGAAACAAGAAAUCGUCUGGAAAAGAAGAUUUAGCAUUUCGUAACAAGCUGGUGCCUUCAUUUUAAUCUAAAAAGACAUUGGUUCGUUACAUGUUGCCCUGUUUACUGUUGAAUACAAGCUAUAACAGGCAUAACACACACACUGGAUCGAACAUGUAAAUAUCAUCAGGUCAUCACAUAAAAGCCAGCUUUGACUUUAUUCAUGCUUUACCACAACCCAUCCCGCAAAUGAUAAUCCUGAUUGUGCACUUAGGGGGAGCAAGUUUUAUAAUGUGAAAAAAUUAAUAGUUGUAAUCAAGGUUCUAGAAGUCGUGAGAUGUGCCCUGGCGGUGAGGUCAAGCCUCAAACCGUAGGAGCCACGACGUUUUUCAAGAUUUAGCUUAAGGCGGCAAAUAUUUGUGUGUGUGU